AUGGCGAUCAAGGAGGCGACGGAGAGCAAGAAAUCCGACGUCGUCGAAGAAGUGAAAGGAUGUAGGAGUGAGAAGGGAUCCGGCCGAUGCCGAUGGCCGGACGACGAGAGGCGUUCCUCCUCUUCCUCUACCGCCUCUGGCGUCGGCUCGUAUGCUAAGGCCUUCUCCUUUUGGGCUCGUUUAACCUUUCUCGUCUCCGUCAUCACCGUUCUAGUCGCCUCUCUCUACUCUCUACGUCCGAAGGACGAGAGGUCCUGGUUCCUUGGUCUGCCCAAUGAUCUCCGAAGCCACUAUUCCCGGGGGAGGCUGAUCAAGGCUCAAAUCACGCCAGAAGGUCCUCCAGUGGAGGUGUUCGCGAUCGAGCGCGGCCCUAAGGGCGGGGAGACCGUUCUCCUUCUCCACGGCCUGGGCUGCAGUUCCUACUCCUUCCGUGAGGUCCUCCAGUCUCUUGGUGCCCUUGGUCUGCGGGCCGUCGCCAUCGAUCUUCCCGGAGCGGGUUUCUCUGACAAACUGGUAUCGCGAAGAGGUUGGGGGUGGCCGGGUGCCCUAGUCUGGGCACGGGAACUUUACUCCGACAUCAAAGUCAAGGGCCUGUUUUGGGGCUUUGAUCAACUCAUCGAGACAGGCCAUAUUGCCUACGAAGGUAACAGAAUUAGGGUUCCUGAUAAGAAGAUUGAUGAGGAAUCUCCGUUCGAAUCAGAGACCUUGAGCAGAAUCGUGGCUCAAGUGAUCGAUUCCUUGGAGCUCGUACCCGUCCAUUUGGUUCUCCACGAUUCAGCCCUCGCAGUAGGCGCCCACUGGGUCACCGGAAAUCCAGGCGCCGUCAGUAGCGUCACAUUGGUGGAUACCUCUUCCGAAUCCGCAGCAUUCCCAUCUUGGAUUGUGGGGGUGCCCCUUCUCGGCGAACUGUUCCUACGCUCCCGCUUCGUCUUCUCUGGUCUGCUCAAGCUGUGCUGCUCGAGGUCAAUGGAUGCUGCGGCGGCGGAGGCUCAUCUCCAUCUGCUGAACAGGAACAACGGGAGGAACGCAGUGGUGGAGGCCGGGAGGGUUCUGAACUUCAGCUUCAGUGUAGGAGACUGGGGUGCCUCCGAGGCGUUGGCAGCCGUGCCCCUUCAGGUGCUCUGGUCCAACACUUGGUCUGACAGAUGGAUCGACGAGGGGCGCCGCAUUGCCGAUGCUGUUCCGCAAGCAAAGUUCUUCCACCAUUUUGGGGGGCGGUGGCCUCAGGUGAGUGCAUGCAUAUGCUUCCAUCAGAACUUAUCGAGCUUCAAGUUCAUCAGCAUUGUUGGUGAAGAAGGCUUAUUUUUUUAUUUCGUUUAUUUUCUCCUGCUGCAAUGAAUUGAAUGGCUUGAAGCAUGGGAAAUUGGCUGCACUUGAAGGUUAAGUUAUUGAAGUUUCCUUAAAAGAUCCACAGACGAGAUGGGGAAAGGAUUCCUUCUUCAUUAUCCAUGGAAAAAUUUCUUUCCUUGGAGAUUAUCUUUUUCAAAUAACAGCAAUCUUAUGGCCUGAAGCGAUUCUAAAUUUCCCAAAAAUGAUACUUUCUCAUGAAGAAGAUAAAUAAAUGGAGGUCUGUAGAUUUAAAAAAGGCCAGAUAUUUUCUCUUAUAAGAAUUUCAUUUUAAGAAAAUCUGUAAACUUUUUCCUGUUUCCCUUUACUUGGGUGUUCAAUUCCGACGGCUAUCUAUUUAUCCAAGCUCUAUUUUGAUUGAGCUCUCACACUCAUGACGUAGUACUGUAUCUAUUAUUGUUGUUUCUUUUUUGGUUUAGUACGUGUUGGUAUGUAAUCAUUUUUCUGAAGUCAGCUCUUUGACAUUUUUCCAUCUUUAGUCCUUGACUCUGUCGUGGGUUGCUGGUCCCAGGAAGGCGCUUCGGCGGAGAUAGCUGAGAAGAUCGCCGAAUUCGUCUCACCGUUGCCCAAAUCCAAUCAAAGGACUCUCGAGGAGCCACUGUCUGGGCGGAGCCUCGACCACCAUCAGGACCAUGUCGCCUUUCCAGACCCAUAUGGAUUUGGCCAUGGAUGGGGAAUUUGA